AUACAGAAACACAAGGACACGCCAGUAGCUACGAGCGAUAAGUCUCCCCUAACAGCUUGCUUGCGGAUUGCAUUUGACGAACCUUCUUUUGAUCCUUAAUUUUGUAUCUCUAUUAUUAUUAUUAUUAUUAUUAUUAGAAAUCAUAAAAUUUAUUGCUGCUGAUGUUGAAUUGUUUUUGCUUCGUUCUGAUAAGAGUUGCUUUACAUGGUGGACAACCCUGCAAAUUCCGGAAACGCCCACAAUCUGGAUUCUAGGGUUCUGAUUUCCAUCGUUAUACCAGCUCUCCCCCAUCGGGUAAUGGGGGACUAGGGAGCCAAACAAUGAUUAGACCUGAAAAUUGUGGUACUGGGUUAUGUGGAGUCUCUGAGGAUGGGAAUGAUGAGAAGAGUGAAGGAACAAAAGCUACCCAUCAAAAGUUUAGGAAUUACUUUUAUUAUGACAUGCCCCUUUAUGAAGAAACUGGAGCUUGGAUACCGGUUUCUGUCCCGCCCAUGAUAGAAAGCGAUUCUGAAGAGUGGGUGGAUAGAGGUUUUCACUUCAAUGGUGGUUAUUUUCCUGAAGGUGAUAUGGGGUGGAGUCAGUAUAUUGGAGAGGACAAGGAGUUGACUAUGUGGGAUGUGAUUGUAGAAAUGUUACUUGCAGCUCGUGGAAAAGUGAAUGCAAUUGCUUCUGGUGAUUUACAGGGGUGUGGGAUUUCGUGGUUAUCCAGCCAUUUACUUGAGCAAGCUUGGCAAGAUAUGGCUCAGACACUCAAUGAAGCUAAUUUUGGUAACGUGACUGAAAUUCUUGAAGCGGAGCCUCCUAAAUGGUUACCUGAUAGCAAUGCUUCUGCUUGUAUGCUUUGUAGCAUGCGGUUUCAUCCAAUUAUGUGCUCCAGGCAUCACUGCAGGUUCUGUGGAGGAAUAUUUUGUGGUGAUUGCUCUAAAGGAAGGAGUUUGUUGCCAGUAAGGUUUCAUGUCACAGAUCCCCAGCGAGUCUGUGAUGUAUGCUGUGUGCGACUUGAAUCUGUUCAGCCAUAUUUGAUGGACCAAGUAAGCAAUGCUGCCCAGCUACCAACCCAUGACCUGACAGACCUCAGCACUUUGAGAUCGUGGGUUAACUUCCCAUGGGGACAGACCAUGGGAUAUGAGAUUUAUAAAGCAGCAAACACAAUUCAAGGUUAUAAUAAGGUAGGUUAUUUGAAACCUGAGAAGUCAAUUCCAGAUGCCAUCCUACGACGAGCAAAAGGCCUUGCAAUAAUUACAAUUGUGAAAGUUGGGGUGAUGGUUACUUACAAUGUUGGAACAGGACUUGUAAUUGCUCGCAGAGAAGAUGGUUCAUGGUCUCCACCUUCUGCCAUAUCUACACUUGGUGUGGGAUGGGGAGCUCAGGCUGGAGGUGAAUUGACUGAUUUCAUAAUUGUGUUGAGAACUACUGAAGCAGUCAAGACAUUUUGUGGUUAUGCACAUCUGUCAUUAGGUGCCGGUGUAAGUGCAGCCAUUGGCAUCACUGGACGUGCAUUUGAAGCUGAUUUACGAGCUGGUGAUGGCGGUUAUGCUGCGUGCUAUACAUACAGCUGCAGUAAAGGAGCAUUUGUUGGAUGUUCCCUUGAAGGUAGUGUUGUCGCUACCCGCUCAAAAGAGAAUUCCAGAUUCUAUGGGAGCCAGUCUAUAUCUGCAUCGGAUAUACUUCUUGGCUCAUUGCCCAGACCACCCGCAGCUGCCAUUCUGUAUCGUGCACUUGUGGACCUCUAUCAGAAGCUCGAUAGGUGAUCAUUAUCAAUAAUCUUCAGACAGAAGUCAAUUUAAAGAGAAGGGAAUCCCUGGUAUACAGUCUAUCUUUGCAUUUUCCAAGUCUGGGACCAUGAUUGCCAUUCUUUUGCUCAUCUGAUAUAGUUGAUCGGGGCAGUGUACCGCAUGUUUGCCAGAGAAUAUCUGACUUUGUACACUAGUGAAUUGUAUAGAUUGUACGUUGGGAGUUGAUGUACAUAUAACACACCUUCAACUCUUGAAUGAAAUUGAAUUUAUUCCCAUUCAAUAAAAUGUCAGAAUGUUUGUUUCA